AUGGAAUCUACAAGUGGUAAAUCUAGCUCGUCGAGAGCACCGGAGGAUAGGAUACAGGUGAUGGUGGUUGGUUUAGGGAUGGUUGGAAUCGCUUUUAUCGAGAAAAUGCUUACUCUAGAUGUCGCUGGAAAGUAUUUCAUCAGGACUUGUGGUGAAGAACCUGUUGUAGCCUAUAACAGAGUGGGAUUGACCGAAUACUUUCAGCAUCGAAAUAUCGAGGACUUGUAUUUGAACGACGUAUCAUGGUAUGCAGAGCAGAAUCCAGAGCAUUUCGCAUUUCACAUCGAUGAACAGGUGAUCCAUAUCGACUCGGAGAACAAGGUAGUCAAGACUUCAAAAUCACACUCUUUCAAAUACGAUAUACUGGUCCUAGCUACCGGCUCUGUGGCUGGUUUACCUCCAUACAUGACUCCUGAAAGAGCGAAGAGCGUCAAAGGUGUUUUCGUAUAUCGAAGUAUCGCAGAUCUCGAGGCAAUCAUCAAAUACGGCGAACGACCAGAGGUGAAACGGGCUUCAGUCAUUGGGGGUGGGCUUCUAGGUCUGGAAGCUGCCAAAGCAGUGUACGACAUGAAAGUACCCGAGGUCUCUAUCCUCAUUCGACAGGAUUACCCACUGAAUCGACAACUCGAUCCCUCCGCUGGAGAGCUGGUGCUGAAAAAGAUUGAAAACAUGGGUGUAGAAGUGAAGACGCGUUGCGAACCAUCUUCGAUAGUUACUCGUACCACUGACGAGGGACAUGAGCUAUUCGAAGGUUUCGAUAUCAAAGGCGAGAAAGUCGAAUCGGAUAUGGUUAUUUUCGCUAUUGGAAUUCAACCGCGAGAUGAUCUGGCUAGAGAUAGUGGGAUUGAAGUGGAGCCCAGAGGUGGUAUCAAAGUGGGGGACGACCUUCAGACUAGUGCUAAAGGUGUUUACGCAAUUGGAGAAUGUGCGAGCUGGAGAGGUAACUUUUAUGGAUUGAUUGCUCCUGGUGUGGAAAUGGCAGAUAUUUUGGCGUUCAACUUGACCCAGACGGAAGGAACUGCUGCACACGUCCCUCGAUCGAUGAACCCACCAGACCUAUCAACCCGUCUGAAGCUCAUGGGAGUAGACGUAGCUUCCUUUGGAGAUUACUUUGCGGAUAUCCGAGCGAACCAAAAGUCCAAACCCAAGGGUGAUCCAGUGGCAGAUGGCGAAGUGGCGAUAUCCCAACCUAAACCAAGCAAACAUCGUAAACUGGCUGCUGACGGUCCAAUCCAAUGUCUAACUUACCAUGAUCCAUUCUCGGCCACAUAUAAGAAAUAUAUCUUCACGCAGGAUGGUCAACAUCUUUUGGGUGGUAUGAUGAUUGGAGAUGUUGGUGAUUUUACCAAGCUGGUCGCAAUCACCAAGAAAAAGAAAAAGCUUGAUGUGCCACCUUCCGAUUUCAUCCUGGGUGCGAAGAAGUCUGGCGAGGAUGAUGGUGGCGAUUUGGAUGAUGAUGCGGUGGUCUGUUCAUGCCAUAAUGUGACAAAGGGGGCUAUAGGAUCUUGCGUCAAGUCUGGUCUUACGGAUCUCAGUCAGGUCAAAACCAAGACAAAAGCUGGCUCAGGCUGUGGAGGAUGCGUACCAAUGGUGACCAACAUCUUCAAAGCCGAAAUGAAGAAAUCAGGUCAUAAAGUAUCUACAGCUCUUUGUCCGCAUUUCAAGAUGUCUCGACAAGAUUUGUUCCAAAUCAUCAAAAUCAAGAAACUGAAAGAUUUCGCUACGAUAAAUGAGACUGUUGGUACGCCUGGUACGAUAGGCUGUGAGAUUUGUAAACCUGCCGUGGCAUCGAUAUUGUCAAGUUUAUAUAACGAACAUGUCAUGAAAGUCGAGCAUCAUCAUAAUCAAGAUACCAAUGAUAGAUUUUUGGCGAAUAUACAGAGAAAUGGAACUUUCAGUGUAGUACCUCGUAUACCUGGUGGAGAGAUCAGCCCAGAUAAGUUAGUUGCUAUCGGUAAGAUAGCAAGUGAAUAUGGAUUGUAUACCAAGAUUACAGGUGGUCAACGUAUCGAUCUUUUCGGAGCGUCCAAGCCUGACUUACCAGAUAUUUGGGCCAAACUCCACGCAGCAGGAUUGGAAUCAGGUCAUGCGUAUGGAAAGUCUCUGAGAACAGUCAAAUCGUGUGUAGGGACUACAUGGUGUAGAUUCGGUGUAGGUGAUUCGGUUGGAUUGGCGAUUGAUCUAGAGAAUCGGUAUAGAGGUGUCAGAAGUCCACAUAAAUUCAAAGGUGGCGUUUCGGGAUGUGUGAGGGAAUGUGCAGAAGCGCAAAGUAAAGAUUUCGGACUGAUUGCUACUGAUAAAGGGUGGAACAUUUUCGUCGGAGGGAAUGGAGGUAUGAAACCUCGACAUGCGCAACUAUUCGCUCAAGAUGUACCUCCAUCCAAAGUGGUCCGAAUCAUCGAUCGAUACUUGAUGUACUAUAUCAGAACUGCUGAUAGGCUGGUACGUACCGCACCAUGGCUAGAAUCGUUAGAGGGCGGAAUAGAGAAACUUCGGAAAGUCAUCCUAGAAGACGAAUUAGGUAUAUGUGCAGAUUUAGACGCAGAGAUGGAUAAUCUCAUAGGUACAUACGAAGACGAAUGGAAGAAGGCUGUUGAAGAUCCAGAAACUAGAAAGAGGUUUAGGCAGUUUGUCAACACGGACGAACGUAGACCUGCUAUUGACAUUAUCGAAGAAAGAGGUCAAAAGCGAGCUGCAGACUGGCCAAGGGAUUUCCCCUCACAGAAAUUCGAUCCGUCCCAUUUACUUACCCCUGAGAACGAGUGGAAAUGGGUUAAGUUGGCGAAUAUUGAAGAUUUACAAGUCAAUAGUAAGAAUACAACGAGCGUCGCAGUUCGUUAUGGAUCUGAUACCCAAUUGGCGAUCUUCCACGUGCCUCAUAAAGGGUUUUAUGCUACUCAACAGAUGUGUCCACAUAAGAGAGCUUUCGUAUUGGAUCAUGGGAUAGUAGGAGAUGAUAAGAAUGGUGAUUUAUACGUAUCUUGUCCAUUACACAAACGUAAUUUCAAAUUGGACAACGGAGAUUGUACGAACGACGAAUCACUUAAAAUCUUAACUUUCCAAGCUAAAAUUGAUGAAAGUGGGAAAUUCGUUGAAGUGAGAUUACCUCCUGAAGAAGAUCUCGAUAGUGUUAUCGGAUCUUCCAAAUGGAUGGUCAAGAAAGCCACAGCAGAAGCAUUCGGGAGAAAUGCAGCUACUGCUAUUGAGAUCGUUGAACCAUCGGGUGAAUUGGAGAAAGAAGCGAAUACUAAAACCAAUGGGAAUGGAUGUUCUUCCGGCGGUUGUGGUGAUUCCGCUUUGGAAUGGUAA